AUUAAUAAUUAAAUAAACAACGGGACGCUCAUCCACCGAUAACGCCGCCAUACAACGACCCGGUUUGUGGCGAGCAUCGCCGAGGCUCGUGCUCGGAGGAGAGGACGCGUCCCGCAGGGAAGGAGGAGGAAAUAAACGCACUGCUCUGGGUGGUGGGGGAGGAGGAUGAUGCCAGCCAGGGCUUGAUGUUUCCCCUGCACGCCCCGCUUGUACACAGGGACUGUCGGGACUGGUGGUGAGGAUUAUCCAGGAGACAGGGAGGGGGGGGGGAGGCAGCAGCGAGCAUCAUCCGAAGAGGAACGUUUUGUCAGAGCGGCUGGGCGACACAGAACCGUAAGACCAGAAUCAGACAAAUCUUACUCCGCAUCUGGAUGUUUUGAUUGGUUAUUGGCAUUUCCAGAGAGGAAUCCGCUAAAAGUCAGUUCAUGAUCGUUCCAGAAGCGCAUGCGGAUCCAACACAGCUGAGCUGGGACUUCAGGAUUGCUUUGCGCCCCAGAUUGGCAUCAGAUCAGUAGAAAGUGUCCCAUUGUCGCCCUUUAUUCUAGCUCUGAGUGUGCGCGCUGCUCUCGGCCACAGCUAGGAUUCCCGUGGCCGCUCGUUCAUUUCAGCGCUGGGGGUGUAGGAUCAUACUGGACGCUUGGUAGUCGAGGUCGGACUCCACAGAGAGAAGAUGUCGGGUCAGACGCUGACGGACCGCAUCGCCGCGGCGCAGUACACGCUGACGGGAUCCGAGGUGUGUCGAGCUGUGUGUAAAGCCACCACACACGAGCAGACAGGCCCAAAGAAGAAGCACCUGGAAUACCUGAUCCAGGCCACGCAGGAGACCACCGUGAACGUCCCGCAGAUGGCUGAUACGCUGAUGGAGAGGGCCGGCAACGCCAGCUGGGUGGUGGUCUUCAAAGCCCUGAUCACCACACACCACAUCAUGGUGAACGGCAACGAGAGAUUCCUGCAGUUCCUGGCAUCUAGAAACACCUUGUUCAACCUCAGCAACUUCCUGGACAAAACUGGCUCCCAUGGCUACGACAUGUCCACAUUCAUCAGACGCUACAGCCGCUAUCUCAACGAGAAGGCCUUCGCAUAUAGACAGAUGUCGUUCGAUUUUGGCCGAGUCAAGAAGGGCGCUGACGGAGUGAUGAGGACCAUGACGGUGGAGAAGCUGUUGAAAGGAAUGCCCACACUGCAGAGCCAGAUCGACGCGCUGCUGGACUUUGAAAUUCAUCCACAGGACCUGAACAACGGUGUGAUAAACGCCUGCUUUCUCCUGCUCUUUAAAGAUCUGAUCAAGCUAUACGCUUGCUACAACGACGGCAUCAUCAACCUGCUAGAAAAAUUUUUUCAGAUGAAGAGAAGCCAGUGCAAAGACGGGCUGGAGAUCUACAAACGGUUCCUGACGCGAAUGACUCGGGUUUCGGAAUUCUUCAAAAUUGCUGAGCAAGUGGGAAUAGACAAAAACGACAUUCCUGAACUCACUCAGGCUCCAGAAAGUCUUUUGGAGUCUCUGGAGACGCACCUCAACACUCUGGAGGGCAAGAAGCCGUCACCUACCAAGGACUCAAGCGCCAACAACAGCUCGCCCGCCGCUGCUGCGGCCGCUGCCCCUGCACCGGCCAAGCCCGCGCCUCCUGCUGCAGCUGGUGGGCCUCCUGCUCGCCCUGGGCCGCCUGCUAAACCCCCUCCGCCCUCUAUCACCCCCACCGCACCGGCCCCAGCCUCCACCGCCACCAGCAAUGCCCUCGAUGACGGCUUCCUGUUGGAUCUAGAUCCCAUCGCCUCCGCUUCAGCAGGCGGUGGUGCAAGAGCCUCUACUACGACUGGAUGGGGAGAUCUUUUAGCUGGUGCAACCCCGGCUGCUGCCGACGGAGCCUCUGAAGCUCUCCUGGUGGAGGGGGCUGCUGAUGCUGCUGCUACUCCUGCUGCUGCUGCCGCUCCCUCUGCAGCAGCUCCUCCUGCAGCCUCUGCUGCAGCCAAGCCAGCGCCUGCCACACUGCCUGUCUCUGCUCCCACCACCGCCUCAGCCUCCAACAUCGACCUUUUCGGAGAUGCGUUUGCACCUUCCCCAGGAGACGGUCCUCCCGCCGUGGCCGUGGGCCCCGCUGCGGAUGCGUUUGUUGGAUCUGACCCCUUCGCUACCACGGAGGGUAGCGCAGCCAUGGCUCCGGAGCUGGACCUGUUCGCCAUGCGGCCGGCCGACACGGGGGCCGCCGCUGCUGCCGCCGUCACCCCUCCUGCCUCUAGCGAGACACCGACCAUCGACGCCCCCACCGCUGCCCCCGCUGCCCCCACCCCUUCCACCACCACCACCACCACCACUACUACCACCACUGAUUCCACCACCACCGCAGCCGCCCCAGCUCUAGAUAUCUUUGGUGAUAUGUUUGAUUCUAUGCCUGAGCAAAGCCCAACCACAGAACCCAAAGCUGCUACCACUCCUAGCGUAGACCUUUUUGGUGCAGACCUCCCUGCUGUUUCACGCGGGCCCUCUCCUUUGCCCGAGCCGGCUUCGGCUGGAGACAUUGUCACGGACUCCUUUGCGUCUGCAGCUCCCGCCCCUGCUCCGGCUGCAGCUCCUGAUCCAGAGCCAUCGUCUCCACCCAAAGCGGCGCCGGAGCCAGUUAUCGACCUGCUGGACUCCUUCGACAGUCCUGUGAAGGAGACGCAGAGCUCUGCUCCUGGAGGACCCGGAGACGACCUGCUGGGAGGCCUCAUGUCCCCCACCCUGGCCCCCACUGUUGUCCCAGCUUUGGCUCCCUUAGCUCCGGCUUCAGCCCCGGUGCAGAAUGACCUCCUGGAGUCAGGUUUUGACUCUCUGGGCCCUCUGCCCUCUCCGACCCCGCCGGUACCUGCUGCGGAGCCGGCAGCCACCACAGCACCUGCCCCAACAGCACCUUCUGGUGGCUUUGAUGCAUCAAUGUUUGGCGGCUUAGGCGACUUGCUGAUGCCCGCUGUGACGCCCCAGAGCACGGGAGGCAGCACGGCGGGGAGCAUGGGCACUCCGGUCGGAGGGGGAGGCAUCGCGGGCGCUCCCCCUGCCACCCCUCCUCCAACCAAAACCGUCGGAGGGGACCUGGACUCGUCGCUAGCCAACCUGAUUGGAGACCUUGGAGUAAAGAAAAAAGACCCUCAGAGUGAGAAGAAACUGACCGGAGGCGCCAACUGGAUGCCGCAGGUCGCCCCCACCAGCUGGGGAACACCAGGAGCGCCCAUGGGCGCUGCCGCCCCUGGAGCUCCGGGGGCAGGAGUGGCUCCACCUGCUGGAGCCAUAGCUCCUCUGAGUGCACAGGCCGGCUUUGGCAUGCCUCCGGCAGCCGGACCGGGCGCUCCCAUGAUGCAGCCCAUGAUGGGCCAGCCUAUGAUGGCGCAGCCGAUGAUGAGACCUCCCUUCACAGCCGUGGCUGGAGCUGCAGCACCAGGAGCACCGAUUUCUCCAGGACCUACAAGCCAGAGCCCCAAGAAGCCCAAGGACCCUUUGGCAGAACUUGACCUCAAGGACUUCUUAUAACGGCCCAGCUUCCUUCUUCUCGGAUGCAGGGCCUCUCAGCUCUUACCUGGCGUCUGUCAGCGUCGCAGGACGGCAGCGAUUUCCAGCUCCUCAACCUUAUAAGAGCCUCUUCUCUCCACCCUGCCCAUCAUCACCCCACCCUUCUACUGUGUGAUGUCGUAGCACAGACUGUGAAAGUGAACUAUAGCGGAAUAUAUAUAAAUAUGUGAGGGAAAAAAAUCCAAGCGUGUGCUUACAGUAUGUAGAUGUACUAAUCUUUUGUCUAAACAAAAUCACAAAAACCCUGAUUGAAAAAAAAAGUCCUCAAGAGUAAGUGAGAGCAAGUGAAGGUGUAUGUGUUUCGUUUAUAAUGGAUGUGCUUUGGUUUCCUGAGCUCCACUCAUCGUCCACUUGUUGUCCCCGCCCCUUUGUGGAGGGGGAGGAGCUCUUCUUUGUGCCACUCUGAUUGGAUGAGAGUGGAAAACAAAGUCCCAGUAGGUUUUCAAAGAAACAUGUUGUGUGUUGUUUACAGAAGGGUCCUCGUUAAUGUACAUAGACUUCUCCGCUGAGGAUUAUGUCUCUAUUCUGUAUGUCUGUUGAAGAGAAAUAUAAAUGUGAAUCCGACAUGAAAUUGUAAGACGUUGUGUGAGUAUCCUUCUGUUUCCCGUCUUUCUUUGAGAGUAUUUGGAUUCAAAUAAAACUGCUAUAUGAUUAACAUACUGUAUAUUAAGAAACUUCUUCCGGCUUCUGAAUCACUUUGAUCUGUUUGUUAUUUUCACUCGUGGCUUAUUUUUUUUUGUCUUCUUGUGUUAUUUAUAUUCUGUUUCCUUUUGAAUAAUCCUCCAGGCUGCUGUUCAAACUUGCUGGCAUUACUAUUAAAGGACAUCCCACAAUUUACUUCCAGAGAAAGCACUUCAGAUAGUCAUCGCAGAGACCACUUCAAUCAGCCCUAAAGUGUAACUGUACAAGUGUCCACUGUACCUGCAAUUUGACCACCUCCAAUGUGUGUUGCUUGUCUUGUCAUUCCAACAUAGGCCUGGGUCUGUUUGUUUCCUGUAUAUUGAGGUUGUGUUGGGUUCAGUGUGACAUUCCACGGCUCAGUCAGCUGCUGUGUUCACAAUCAGAUCUAGGAUCAGGUUUGAAUUUCAGUGUGUGGUUUUGUAAUCGCUAGUGCAUCCCAGCAACUGAUGACAAGGAUUAACAGAUAAGAAUGUGGUUAACCAGCAGGAAGGAGCUUUUCAGGUUUUCUUGCUCUGUGCAGCUGUAACUGAAAUUAAUAAGAAACUCUCUUGUUUACAAAAAAUCAGGGCCCACUUAAACAUGCAGUCAAAAACUCCCCAAGGUGCCUUUGAUUUGUAUCUUAACACUUAGUGUUAUUGGACAAAAUCCUGCAAACCUUAGUUUAAAGCACUAAUCUGUUCUUGUCUCCAGAAAAAUAACGAGUGAUAUUUGAACCAAAAAAAUCAGUUGUUGCCUUAGAACACAUUCCUUCAUUUGAUCAACACUGAUUUUUGACCGACUUUAAUUGACCUUAAGUAUGUGGCCACGUGGGAGCAAAGACCAAUGACGCCACUAGAUGUCACUGUUGAGCUUAUUCCUGAUCCUAACGCAUCUUUUCACACCACUGACGACAGCGUUCCCCAGUCCUUUGCUGUGAACUACCAGAAGUUAUGAAGCUUAUACUCUGUGUCGUCCUUUGAGUGGGCUGUGGAAGCAUUUGUAUCUGCUGUGAUUCAGAAAAAAAAAACAAGAUUAUUAACAUUUUUCAAAUAGUAUUUUUGUUCAGUUGAAAAUUUAUUUUACUUAUAAUGGCCCCACCCCAAUGCAUGUAAGCCCUUUGAGAUGCAAUAAAUUCAAUGAUGGAUUAAAA